UUAAUGCUUUUCCUGUGCCCUCCACGCCAACACAUUACAGACCCUCUCUCUCUCUCUCUCUCUCUCUCUCUCUAAGCAUUCAAAUUUCUCUCAUGGCUUUCGUAGCUACGUCUCCUUCUACCCAAUCAUUGCUUCACGCUUCGCUAUCUUCCCACGAGCCCAAAGCUCAAUGGACAUCUUCUGUGAAUCCGUCGGAUCAAUUUUCGUUUGCAUCGACGGCUGUGGCCUCUUUCCAGAGACCAUCAUUGGCAAAACCCCUUUCUGUAGAAUCGAAAAGGAGCAAAUCAGUUGUUCCGCUUGCUGCAAAAAUGGCAUCUCCAGAUGUUGACAACAAUGUGGUAGGAGAAGAUUACGAAAAACUGGCAAAAGAGUUGGAAAACGCUUCCCCACUUCAAAUCAUGAAGAAGGCUCUUGACAAAUUUGGGAAUGACAUUGCCAUUGCUUUCAGCGGAGCUGAGGACGUCGCCUUGAUCGAGUAUGCCAAACUAACAGGUCGGCCCUUCAGGGUAUUCAGCCUGGAUACUGGGAGGCUUAACCCAGAGACGUACCAGUUUUUUGACACUGUUGAGAAGCACUAUGGCAUUCACAUUGAAUACAUGUUUCCUGAUGCUGUUGAAGUUCAAGCACUGGUGCGAGGCAAAGGACUGUUCUCAUUCUAUGAAGACGGCCACCAGGAGUGCUGCAGGGUAAGGAAGGUUAGGCCUUUAAGGCGAGCCCUUAAGGGUCUUCGUGCCUGGAUCACUGGGCAGAGAAAAGACCAGUCUCCUGGCACAAGAGCUGAAAUUCCGGUUGUCCAGGUGGACCCAUCGUUUGAAGGUAUUGAUGGUGGAAUUGGCAGCUUGGUGAAAUGGAAUCCUGUUGCCAACGUGGAAGGCCAUGACAUAUGGAACUUCCUCCAAGUCAUGAAUGUACCUGUCAAUCCUUUGCACUCGCAAGGAUACAUUUCAAUCGGGUGCGAGCCAUGCACAAGGCCGGUGCUGCCAGGGCAGCAUGAAAGGGAGGGAAGAUGGUGGUGGGAGGAUGCUAAGGCAAAGGAAUGUGGCCUCCAUAACGGAAAUAUCAAAGAAAAAGAGGCGCUGCACCUCAAUGGCAAUGGGAAUGGGAUCUCAACAACAAAUGGGAGUGCUAAUGUCCCAGACAUCUUUAACAGCAAGAACUUGGUUUCCUUGAGCAGGACUGGGAUAGAGAACUUGGCUAGACUGGAAAACCGAAGUGAACCUUGGCUUGUUGUGCUUUAUGCACCAUGGUGCCGUUUCUGCCAGGCAAUGGAAGGAUCAUAUGUUGAAUUAGCAGAGAAUCUGGCAGGAACUGGGGUGAAGGUAGGUAAGUUCAGAGCUGAUGGGGAACAGAAGAAAUAUGCAAAGCAAGAACUGAAGCUGGGGAGCUUUCCAACAAUACUCUUCUUCCCCAAGCACUUGUCAAAGCCCGUCAAGUAUCCAUCAGAGAAUAGGGAUGUAGCGUCGUUGUUGGCCUUUGUGAAUGCUCUCCGGUGAGAACUCGAUGCACCUGAUAACUGUUUCGGGAAAGCAACGGCACAAGAAACUGUUCUUGUUAGUCUUAGACAACUUAGGCAGAGUAGGCAUGUAGUGUAAAUAUGGUGGUAAGAUCUCUGCUGCAUGUUUUGCUGAAUAAAAAGGGGCUUCAUCUUUUGU